ACGGUCACAAGCUCUAAUCCAUCUAUCUGAGUAGGAAUCAUCUCGCGACAGGCCACAAGCCUUUAAAGCUUUCCUUCCAUUGUAAUCUAGUUGCGUUGGAUAAUAGCCUUCAAGGACUUCCCUUCCCUCAUCCUUCGACAAGACGCAGGUCAUGGGGGUCUUAACCAACUAGGCGGAAUGUUUGUGAAUGGCCGGCCGCUUCCGGAGGUGAUCCGGCAGCGCAUCGUGGACAUGGCGCACCAGGGUGUGCGGCCUUGCGACAUCUCCCGCCAGCUGAGGGUCAGCCACGGCUGCGUCAGCAAGAUCCUAGGCCGAUACUAUGAGACUGGCAGCAUCAAGCCUGGGGUCAUUGGUGGGUCCAAGCCCAAGGUAGCCACACCCAAGGUGGUGGAGAAGAUAGCCGAGUACAAGCGGCAGAACCCCACCAUGUUUGCCUGGGAGAUCAGAGACAGGCUCUUGGCCGAGGGAGUGUGUGACAGCGACACAGUGCCCAGCGUGAGCUCCAUCAACAGAAUUAUUAGGACGAAAGUGCAGCAGUCCUUCAACCUGCCGCUGGAUAGCAAAGGACUCAGCCCCGGACACACACUGAUCCCCAGCUCCGCGGUCACCCCGCCCGAGUCCCCCCAGUCCGACUCUCUGGGCUCCACCUACUCCAUUAGCGGCCUGCUGGGCAUCCCACAAACCACCACGGAGGGCAAGAGGAGCCACGACGACAGUGACCAGGAGAGCUGUCGGUUGAGCGUGGACUCUCAGAGCAGCGGAGGUGGCCCCAGGAAACAGUUGAGACCAGAGCACUUCCCCCUUACACAGCACCUGGACUGCGGCUUCGAGCGCCACCACUACCCUUCCGACUCCUUCAGCUCAGCCGCAGCCGGCAAAACCGAGCAGGCUUUAUACCCGCUGUCUCUCAUCAACGGAAGCUUAGAGGACGGGAAGGCCAGCCUCUCAACAUCAAGUGCAGCCAUUGGUCGCAACCUGACGGCACACCAGAGUUACGCCGUAGUUGCAGAUCACCUACAGCCCCGCCCACUCUGUCUGAAACAGGAAGUGUCGCCAGAGGUGACCAGCUCAAGCCCUUCCCCCAGCAUCAUAUCCAACUCUGCCUUCCUGGACCUCCAGGCCAUUCAGGCGCCGACAUCUGUCAGUAACAGUUGCGGCAGCUCCGCCUCCCAUUUCUCUCAUGCCUUCAACUCAUUUUCCCAUCAUGCUCCGGUGUAUGGGCAGUUCAGCAGCCAAUCACUUAUCGCAGGGAGAGAUAUGGUCAGUUCUAGUCUCCCAGGUUACCCUCCACACAUCCCGUCUGGUCAGUCAAGCUACUCCUCCUCCGCCAUCACAGGCAUGGUAGCAGGUGCGGACUACUCUGGCCAGACCUACACCCACUCCCCCUACACCUCCUACAGCGAUGCAUGGAGAUUCACCAACUCAGGCAUUCUCGGCUCCCCAUAUUACUACAGCUCUGCCUCUAGAGCUACAGCCCCCUCCACCGCUGCCUAUGACCACCUCUAGUGUCUAGAGAGGAUCCGUGAUCCGGGAGAAAGAACGAGGAAGCCACAAAGAGAUUUAAAGUUCCUCUGGGAGGAGGAAAAGAGGAAGUCAGAGCAGAUGAAUUGUAAUGGCAUUCUACAAAAACCGUUGGCCAGUGGUGAUAUCUGUAGGAUCAUGGACCAUUAGGUUAGCCUUGCUACUGGCCACUGACGCCAUUCAUUUAUUUAUUGUAGUUCAGGGGGCCCAACCCUGCUAUUGGAAAUCUACCACCCUUGCAGGUUUUAGUCUCAACUCUAAUCAAACGCACCUGGUGGUAAUAUUCAGAAGGUCUCUCACAGGGCGUGAUAGGCUGAAUCAGGAGUGCUGUAAUGGGGUGGGAACAGAACAUGGCCGCAGGGUAGGUAGGUUGGCAGGACUGCAGGAGCGGGGUUGGGCACCUCUGAUGUAGUCUGUCUCAGCAGCCUGACACGGAGGCGAAUUACAAACGCGCACAAGUUUACACAAACUCCUCAUGCAGUAGUGUGUCUGUGUAGCAUGUCAUGGGCGUGGACACAGAGACACAGAGACACCCUCUUCCCCGUUCCUGGUCAGGAGAAUGCUGUCCCCGCUCUCCCUGUCCUGGCUCCAUCUUCACAUGCAACCAAAGAUUUUCCUUUUUUUUCUUGUUCAUCUUCGUUUUCUUCUCAUUGACUAGACAUUGGAUGGUAUGACAGAAUCCUCAGAGUGAGACAUUUAACCCAGUGAGACGGGGAAUAAUGCCAUUUAAAUUUAAAAAAAAAAAAAACAUUUUUCCUCAUUCUUGCCCCACUACUCUCCGAGAUUAUCUUUGAUAUUAAUUGAAUUUCCUAAUCCCCGGGUGUUCAUCUCCAUUAAGAUUUUCUGAGCUCUCCAAUCCGGCAGAGACUCAGUACUGAAUAAAGUUCAAAGCUGAGCAGACGCUAUCAGUGUAAUACUGGUCCACUGAUACACUGUUGCAGUGUGCAGUAUUUCUCUUCAGCCCACACCAGUGCCCCAAUGUUCUAUCAACACCAUUGUUUUAGUACAACUGAGCUCUUAGUACUGAGACAGAGAGUGUGUGAUUGCAGUUACAUUUCUGGUUCUUUAAUUCUCCCAGCAUGAGUACCUUUAUCCAGACAGUACAUGCAAACAGAAAGAAUGCAAACAUUCAACAAAUGUGUAUAAUAGACCUACAUAAAAGUGCUCAUCUGCAAAAUGGUACAUGUUUACAGUUUUGGGGCAAUAUGUAUAUAAUGUAUUAUGAUGAUCUGUUAUUACUGAAGAAAAAAAGAAAUGCAGUUUUAUCUUUAAAAUAAUUUUAAAGCAGUCCAUGUAGGGAUGGCAUUAAGAAAUGUAUGAUGAAGUGUUUUCAGAGGCUUUUAUUUUCCUCCUAUACGUAUAUAUAUGUUCCAAAUUUUCUGUCAUGCUAAUGUUUUUGCAAGACCUUGUGAUUCAAAUUUGUUUUAACUUUUGCUGUCAAUAAUAUUAUUGAAGUGUACAUAUGGAAUUUUUACAGAAAUAUUUUAAUUAAAUAA